AAAUUUAUACGUAAGUAUUAAAUUCACCAAUCAGAACCGUUUAUGUUAAUACGUAUGCAACUCGAUCUGCGUGCAUUUUACUGUUGCUGUUAUUCACUAUCGUCUAGUGUAAAGUACGGGUCAGAUGUACAGGAUAUCCUCGUUCAGGCGAGAACUUACCUUAUAGAGGAAAGUGAUCCGUAUAAACUCUAAAUUGACGUUCUGAAAUCAGUAGAAAAUUUCUUAAGAACAAUGUAUGAACGAUUAUUGUUUUGGAGCACAGUUUGUCUUCUUGUAAUCGGAAAAAUAAACUGUGAUAGUGUAAAACAGGCAAAUAAUUAUUUGGACAAUGUUUUGGCUUUAAAACUUAAAAGAUCUGAUCAAAUAAAGAAUAUAAAAUUACCAGAAUUUAAUACGGAAUCUAGAGAUCGAAUUCUUUUCAUCACAAGUAGAGUAAGAACAUCAUAUUCAAAGGGAGAUCUUCACAAUUUGGAAAAUGUUGUUCGACUGGGUGAUUGCCUUCCACAUUCUACUGUUGUUGCAAAGUCUGUUGAGUGUACCCUGCAAUUCAAACAUCUCCGUGCCGAAUAUCAAGCCUCUUUAAAAUAUGGAAGACUUCCAAAGAUUCCUAUAAGAGCCAAAGCUCUAAUGAAACCCAUAGAUGCAAAAAUAGAAGUGGAAUCACGUGUGCCAAGAAAUAUUCCUGAACUAAUUAAAUUUCAACUGAUUACGCCUAUUGAAAUAGACGUUUCUUAUAAAGGAAUGGGUUUUCUUAAUAGGUAUCUCAGAAUACUGAAGAAUGACUUUGUAGAGAAAAUGAGAAACCAUCUUUAUGCCGCCAUUAAUAACGAUUUCAAAGCUGAACUUAAGAAAAGUCUUUCACUCGUUGAUUUAAAAUUAUAAGAACUAUUCGGUACUUAUAUAAACAAUAUAUCUGUAACAUAAAAUAUUAAUACAUUUUAUAACACUUACAUUUUUGGAAAUCCUUAAUUACAUUUUUCAAAACAAACUCUACACUUUAUGUA